GAUAUUCUUAACAACAAAACAAGCGCUCACAAUCUUUUGACAAGUUCUCGCGCGGAGUUUAGAUAUUGUACACAUAUCUGUGGCGGGAGACGUUGAACAGAGCAUAUUAGAGAAGAAAUCGUUGUUUUGAUAAUAUACAUAGUGUCAAAAUAAAGUAGGACAGCAGGAAGAGUUGCGGCAAUAGAAGUGUUUUUGGAGGAAAACGCAAAGAUGGAUGAUUUCGGGAUUUAUGCGGUUUUCGGAGUAAACGGUCCGCCUCAAAGGCUGCUGAGUGCUGAAGGUUCGUGCAGGGCGUCUGUUGCAGUCCCCCCAAGUGUCCGACAGGUGGUGCUGUUCAGCAGCGGACCGUGGGGUGAGAGGAUUUGCGUCAACGCAGAACUCAACGAUGCUGACCGGAUACCCAUCACUAUUGGAAAACUGACUCCAUACAACAAGUGCCUGUCAUGGGAGCAGUGGGAAGAGGAGACAUGGACAGACAGUGUCACACUGAGCAUCACUCUGGAAGGAGGAAACCUGGUAAAAGCAGAUUGGUCAGAACCAGAGCUCAUCCUGGCUGUGAAAGAAUACACACCAAAGGACACCGUGGCUCCCCUCGCAGCCCGUGAGGUCAACGGCAAGAGAAAGAGAGAUCGAAUGUCAGAGGGAAACAGUGAGGAAAAUAAGAUGUUGAAGAGAGGGGAGGAAGAGAACGUGUGUCCAAAUGGUAGCGUGGAGAAGACCACGCCUGUGCGAAAGGCCCGAGGUCAAACCAAAGGGGGCCAGAAGCUGUUCAGUAGUGGAGGUGAUGCAACAAAAAUGAAAGGUACAGCUAAUGGAGCUGUAGAGGAGCAGGGGAUUGUGGGAAGAACGCCUCCUCAGAGCUCAGCCAGGACAAAGAGUAGGCAGGCCAAGACUCCUACGCAGACUGCCCCACUGAUCAGCCCAUCAGGUCGCUGGGGUCAGACUCUGUGUCCCAUUGAUGCUCAGACAGCCAUUCUGAUUGGAGGGCAGGGAGCCAGGAUGCAGUUCUGCAAAGAUCCCAUGUGGAAGCUCUGCACAGAGGACAUGUCCUGGGUUGCAGCGGAGACUCUGGCAGAAGGUCCGACACCCGAGGCCAGGAUCGGCCACACAGCCAUUUAUGACCCGGACUCAAGGCGCAUCUUUGUGUUUGGAGGCUCUAAGAACAAGAAGUGGUUCAACGAUGUUCACAUCUUGGACACGCAGAGCUGGAAGUGGACCAUGGUGGAGGCUCAAGGGAAGGUUCCUCCUCUGGCCUACCACAGCUGCAGCAUGUUUCGGGGUGAACUGUUCGUGCUGGGAGGGGUGUUUCCUCGUCCAAACCCCGAGCCAGACGGCUGCAGCGACUCUCUGUAUAUCUUCGACCCACACCUCUCCAUCUGGUACCAGCCCAUUGUGACGGGCGUUGCACCCUCGCCCCGCUCAGGUCACUCUGCGUGCGUGAUGCAGGAGAGGAAGAUCUACGUGUUUGGUGGGUGGGACACUCCCGUCUGCUACAAUGACAUGUACAUGUUGGACCUUGGUCUGAUGGAGUUUUCUGUAGUGAAAACAGCUGGGAAAGCCCCCUCACCUCGAAGCUGGCACGGCAGCGUUGUGCUCUCAGACACAAAGUUCCUGAUCCACGGAGGAUACAACGGAAACAACGCUCUCAGCGACACCUUCAUCUUUGAUACAGACACCAACAGCUGGACGGAGGUGACGCUCCCUCAGCUCUCCGUCCCCAGGGCGGGACACUCCAUCAUCACCAUGGAGACAGCCGGUCGCCGCUGUCUCUCGGAAGACGACGAAGAAGCGGGCGCAGGCUCCGUCAGCAGAACUCUGCUGGUGUUCGGAGGCGGAGAUAACGAGGGCAACUUCUACUCCGACCUGACGACUGUCACCGUGGAGGAACUGCUCGCUGCUAUUUAAAGAGAGUGAGUCAGAGGUGAAUCCUCACUGCCUGACUGGAGGUGCCGCUAACACCCCCACAGACUCUUUAUUAUUUAUGUCCCUGUAGUUUGUCUUUGUUUCCUUUUGGUUGUUUCAGCCCUUGUUUCUUUCUGUUAUAAAUAUAUUUUUAAAGGGGUUAAAAGUUUUGCUAUUGGGAAAAUGUGAAGUUUGGGCAUUUCAUGAAUACAGAUCUCUAAAGCUACUUUUUAUUUUUUUUGCAAACUUUAAAGACUCGAGAUUCCUCAGUCUCCCCUUGUGGAUCCAUGUGACUAAGAGCAGUGGUUUGAUGUAUCAGACAUUUGAGAUUAUUUACGUCAUCAAGGACAGAUUUUUCAAAGCUUUUCAAGUUCUUUCUCAGGUAAAAAAUGUAUAUAUAUUUUUAAUCAUUUAAGUAUUUUUCUUUCACUAAUGAAUAAUGGCUUUCGGGCAGCCUUGAUAUUUGGAGCAUGUUGACAGUGCGUUCACUGUAUUUAGUUAUGCUCAAAAUCGUGACAUUUGUUUUCGACAUCAUCUCCAAAAUCUCAAUUCCUGUUCCUAUGCUGUUCCGUUUUACACUUGGCUUUUUUCUUUUUAAUUAAUAAACGUUUGAUUUUACUUA